GCCUUAUUUUGAGGAGAACACUAUUGAAGGCACCUGCUCGGGACAAUGAAAUUCUUCAGUUAUAUUCUAGUUUAUCGCCAGCUUCUCCUUGUGGUUUUCAGUCUGUUGAUCCUAUUGCCAUUGCCAAUCGUCCUCCACACCAAGGAAGCAGAAUGCGCCUACAUCCUCUUUGUCAUCGCCAUCUUUUGGCUGACAGAAGCUUUGCCUCUGUCGGUAACAGCUCUGCUGCCUGCUUUAAUGUUGCCUUUGUUUGGGAUCAUGGCUUCUAAGGAGGUGGCAUCUGCUUAUUUCAAAGAUUUUCACCUACUGCUAAUUGGAGUCAUCUGUUUAGCAACAUCAAUAGAAAAAUGGAAUCUGCAUAAAAGGAUUGCUCUGAGGAUGGUGAUGAUGGUGGGUGUGAACCCAGCAUGGCUGACCUUGGGGUUCAUGAGCAGUACCGCCUUCUUAUCCAUGUGGCUGAGCAACACCUCAACUGCGGCCAUGGUGAUGCCCAUCGUGGAGGCUGUGGUGCAGCAGAUCAUCAGUGCUGAAGCAGAGGUCGAGGCCACUCAGAUGACUUAUUUCAGUGGAUCAACCAACCAGGGACUGGAAAUUGAUGAAAGUGUUGAUGGAAAUGAAACAAAUGAGAAGAAAGAGAAAACAAAACCAGUUCCAGGGAAUGAUGCAGGGAAAACGUCAAGCAAGAUGGAGCUGGAAAAGAAUUCAGGCACAGGAAACAGAUAUCGAACGAAGAAGGACCACAUGAUGUGUAAACUUAUGUGCUUGUGCAUUGCCUACUCUUCUACCAUUGGUGGACUGACAACGAUCACUGGUACCUCCACCAACUUGAUCUUCGCUGAGCAUUUCAAUACGCGCUACCCUGAGUGUCACUGCAUCAACUUCGGGUCGUGGUUUAUCAUGUCUUUCCCGGCUGCUGUUAUUAUUCUCCUCUUGUCCUGGGUCUGGCUUCAGUGGCUGUUCCUAGGAUUCAAUUUUAAGGAGUUGUUCAAAUGUGGUAAGACCAAAACAUCCAGACAAAAGGCUUGUGCUGAGGUGAUUAAACAGGAAUACCAAAAACUUGGACCAAUAAGGUAUCAAGAAAUUGUGACCUUAGUCCUCUUCGUUACAAUGGCUGUGCUCUGGUUCACCCGAGAACCUGGGUUUGUUACCGGUUGGUCUGCACUUUUUUCAGAGUAUCCCGGUUUUGCUACAGAUUCAACUGUUGCCUUGCUUGUAGGACUCCUGUUUUUCCUUAUCCCAGCUAAGAGACUGACCAAAACUACACCUGCAGGAGAAACUGUUGCUUUUGAUUACUCUCCACUGAUUACUUGGAAAGAAUUCCAGUCAUUCAUGCCCUGGGAUAUAGCCAUUCUUGUUGGUGGAGGGUUUGCCUUGGCAGAUGGCUGUGAGGAGUCAGGACUAUCUAAGUGGAUGGGAAAUAAAUUAUCUCCUCUAGGUUCAUUACCAGUCUGGCUAAUAAUUCUGAUAUCUUCUUUGCUCGUCACGUCUUUAACAGAGAUAGCCAGCAAUCCAGCUACCAUUACCCUCAUUCUUCCAAUACUGGCUCCAUUGGCUGAAGCCAUUCAUGUCAACCCUCUUUAUAUUUUGUUACCUUCUACUCUGUCCACUUCAUUUGCAUUCCUCCUCCCAGUAGCAAAUCCACCCAAUGCUAUUGUUUUUUCAUACGGCCACCUAAAAGUCAUCGACAUGGUUAAAGCUGGACUUGGCGUUAAUAUUGUGGGUCUUGCUGUGGUGAUGCUUGGCAUGUUUAUCUGGAUUGCACCCAUGUUUGACCUCCACACUUACCCUUCUUGGGCUCCUACAAUUUCCAAUGAGACCAUGCCCUAACAACAUGAAUGCUCUGACUAUCCUGUGGUGAGUUUGGGGAACCAUUAAGAAUUCACUGCAAAACCUGGCUAUAGAAAACUGAUGACACACUUAAAUCAGCCCUGGUAUAGCUGCUACAGUUCCAGUGAACACCCAAAAUCUGCUGUCACAACUUAAGAGUCUGCAUUCCUUUGAGAUGCAACCAAGAUCAUCUAUGUGCCUUCAUCAAGAAGCCCACAGUUGAGAUUUUGCUCCUGAACCAUAUGCAACCUGCUUCAUCAUAAGAAUAAUUCAUGACUUAACCUUCUUGAAAGAGAUUAUGUCAUUUGCUUCAUCUUACAGUUUGGGUUCAAUGUAACAUUUCAAAUGUCAAUUCAUUAUUUCAGAAACUUUCCAUGAAGCUGCAAAUAGAAAAUAAAACAAGUUAAUUAGGUAUUUGUAUAAAUCAUUUUUGUAGUCUUUGUCCAAGAGAAUUUUCUGAAAAAUCAAAGCUGGUGGUGCAAAAGAAAAGUUUAAUCUAAAUAAAAUGUGCAUUCCCUCACUUAAAAAAAUUCCAGUCAGAUUACUCUUGAUAUAUACAUAGAGCAUAAAAAUUGAAAUUAAGUAGUAGUUAUAAAAUAAUAGCUGAAUCCACUAAACAACAGAAAACAGAUAAGGAUUAAUUUCUGUUUGAUUCAAUGGCUAAAGUAAUAUAAUUCACACUUUUAUGAUCUCAGUGCACUGAGAAAUGCGUUUUGUAGAGCUAUGGAUAAGGCUUCCUAUGAUUUGCACAAUUAGCAAAGUAUAGUUAGAAAAGAAAGGUAAACAGUAUAAAUCUAUUAACACAUUUGUAUAUUUGUACAAUAGUUGUACUUACGUAUUUAUUUUAUUUCAGAAAUACAUAAUGUCAUACAUGAAGACAAGAGAUUUAGAAAUUUAAAUGAAUUAUCACUGUUCAUACAGCCAUUAAAAUGUCACAUAACUUCAUGACAUCAACAUUGAAAUGAAAUACCAGAGAAAGUAAAGAAUAAAUAAUUGAAACUGUUGAUAUACUUACAAAAGAGAUAAAUAAAUUAUUGAUGGGCAGACAAAAAGAAAAGAGAACUAAACAUUCAAAUAAAAAUGGGAAAAGAAUAGUCUCCUAGUAUUCAGGACGUGAAUGAGUAAGGUCUAUUGACAUUCCAAAAUUAGACUAAAGGGAAAAAAUUGACAAUCCAAGACAAAAAAUGUGUACAGUUAGGAAAAUAUGCUAACAAUAAAA